AUGGCAUACAAUUCAGACCACUCGUACCCUCAGGCCUAUGAGUAUCCACAACAAUACUAUGGCAAUCCUCAGCAGGAGGUCCCAGCUCCUCCAGCCCCCGAUGGACAAGUGCCUCCUCCCCCGCUUCCAUCCGAGCCGCCUCCUCCAGGAGAAGGCGUUUCGCAAUCCGCUCAUCCGGCUGUCCCUGCCAGCACAAGCACAAACGUGGUGACCCCAGCGCCAGCCUAUGCCCCUUACCCGGCACAAAACAGCUACCAGUAUGGAGCAGACCCAAACGCCGCGUGGGCUGCAUACUACCAGCAGCAGCAGUAUUAUCAGCAAGGUGCGAGCGUUGCUCCUGCAGCAGCGAGCCCUCCCCCCUGGUCCGUCUCACAAAGGCCCAGCACUUCUCAGGCAGCAACCACAGCCACUGUUGGCACCCCCAAAAGCAGGCAGUCUCAGGUGCCCAAUGGACAGUACCCGGGGUUCUUCAUCCGGCCGCAGAUGCCCAAGGCAAAGCUGCAGAAUGGAAGGAGCGUCGCUGUUAGCACCGCUGCUGCACCGGCAUAUGUGAGUGUGGCAGACAAGGCGCCAGAUGCCAAGGCGGCAAGCGGACCUGCAGCAGGGAGCGGCGGGAACAGCUGGCCUGCUUCACUCAAAGCAUAUGUAGAGCGGGCAUUUGCACAGGGCACGCGCGGUGGGGACCGGGCCGAACUGCAGGAGAAGCUGAAGCAGAUCAUCAAUGACGCCAAGGCAAAGGGAGAGUUGUGGACUAGGAGCUGGGACAGCAUGCCAUUACCCAACAGCGCUGGCAUGCAGGAGAGCGCCCCAGAGCCUGCCUCAUGGCUGCAGGCGGCCAGGGCUAGCACCCUCAGCAGACAGCGAAGGCCACCAUCUCCAUUAUACUCAAAGCGGAAGCGCUCGUGGCGGGCGGCAUCUUCGUCCAGCAGCGGGAGUGAGGACGAGGCUGACAGAAACAGGCUGCCCAGGGACGGAGAGCGCGCGCGCCGCGCCAGCAGAGCCAACCGCUUCAGGACCGGUGCAGCACCAGACGCGCAAGUGUACCCCCGGGAUCAAAUGAGCCAGAAGGAGAAGCUGGCGGCGCUGGCAGAGGAUGUGGAGCAGGUGGAUUGGGAGCAGUUUGUGGUGAAGGGUACAAUGGAGGAGCUGGAGAAGAGCUACUUCCGGCUGACGUCUGCGCCGGCGCCGUCCACUGUGCGGCCGGAGGCCGUGCUGCGGCGCGCAUGCGACCGCCUGGUGCACCUCCUGAGGCAGGGCAAGGAGAAUUACUUCUAUGCUCUGGACCAGUUCAAGGGCAUGCGCCAGGACUGCACCGUGCAGCAUCUGCGCAACGAUCUCACGGUGCUCAUCUAUGAGGCGCAUGCUCGAGCUGCUCUGGAGUAUGGCGAUCAUGCAGAAUACAACCAGUGCCAGACGCAGCUGGACUUCCUGUACAGGGACAGCAGCCUUCCUGGCUGCCGCGAAGAGUUCCUGGCCUACCGCAUCCUCUACCAGACCGCCCACGCCAAGCAGGGGGAGAGCGGCGCACUGCUCCACACCCUGCGCUCUGCCGUGGCCAGAGAAGGCAGUCACCCGGCCGUGCAGCAUGCCUUGGAGGUUCGAGAAGCAGUGUUUUGCAGCAAUUACAAGGCACUGUUCAGGCUCUACGGGACCGCUCCCAGCAUGGGCCGGGCGCUGAUGGACAUCUUCAUUGAACGGUUCAGAUAUGCUGGGCUGAACAUGGUUGUGAGGGCGCACAAGCCGCACGUGCAGCUGCCGUUCUUGACCCGCAUCCUGGGCUUUCUGGCGGCAGCAGACAACAACGAGAGGACAGCGCCAUCUGCUGUGGCUGCUGGCAUACCCCUGCCUGGAUCCAGACUGCCAGAAUUUGUUGGCAAGCACGCACCACAGGACGAUCCUGAGCUUGCCACAGAGCAGUGCAUAAAAUGGCUCGAAGAUCAUGGGGCAGUGGUGACAUUGGCCGCAGGAGGGAAAUCUACAGAUGCAGUUCUAGACUGCAAAAAUAGUGCCAAUCGGCUGUUCCUGCCUGCUCCUGUUGCAGUGGCGCAUGGAGAUGCCAACCUGGCGAUUGAUGACUUCCUCAAGUCGUCCAUGCGCGGGCAGCUGUGGAAGGGAUUCUUGAAUAUAGGGAAGAAGAGGAUUCCCGGUGCCUAUGACAAGCUCGUCUCCAAGGCACUUGGGAAGCGCUUCCAUGGAAAGAAACAAAGCAAAGAUGAGACAGCACAGACCACCAGCCACCAGCCUGAGGGAGAUGGUGUGGAGUCACAGCACGCUGAAGCGGCAGCGCCUCUCCAGUCUGAAGCACCCAUGAGCAACGAUGCGCACUCUGCAGCAGAUGCAACAGCGCAAGCAUCGGAGAGCCCCUUCAACUUGGACAUAGCCAAAUUUGCACAGAUCGCUCUUCUCGAGUCCCAGAAAAGGAGCAUCGCGGCUGCAGCUACAGCCAGGGCAGGAAUUGCGCAGCAAGCUGGGCCAUCGUCAGGGCCUGGCAAGGCAGAGAGGCGGCCGGCAUCAUGGCACAACACCGACUGUAACAUGCAGAUUGAGAAGGAUCUGCACAGGACCUUCCCAGGCCACCCUGUCAUGGACAGCAGCGGCCGCAAUGCGCUGCGACGCUUGCUGGCCGCGUACGCACGCCGCAACCCAUCUGUCGGCUACUGCCAGGGCAUGAACUUUGUCGCUGGGUGCCUGCUGCUAUUCAUGGAUGAGGAGGAUGCGUUCUGGUCGCUGGCGUGUGUCAUUGAGGACCUGCUGCCAGGCUACUUCUCAACCGCCAUGGUGGAGCCACAGGUGGAUCAACUGGUGUUCAGGCAUCUGGUGGACGCUGGCUUCCCGCGCCUGUCCUCGCACCUGGAUUCCCUGGGAGCGCAUGUGGCCGGCGUCUCCACGCAGUGGUUCCUCUGCCUCUUCGUCAACUCGCUGCCGCUGGAGACCUGCCUGCGCGUGUGGGACAUCUUUUUCUUUGAGCAGUGCUCCUCCGUCCUCUUCAGAGUGGCCAUGGCUCUGGUGGACAUCUAUGCCCAGGCGCUCGUGGCAACGGUUGACAGCAUUGACGCCUUCUCGCUGUUGCAAAACAUGGCGCCCAUGUCGUACGACAGCUCGCGCCUGGUCGAUGUUGCCUGCAUCGCGUAUGCUCACAUCGACUCGGUGUGCAUCAAAGGGUUGCGAGAAAAGUUCUUCUCCACCGUUCAGAAGCAGUUCCAGGAUUGCUUUGGAAAGCCUCCAGAGGUGAUGCGCUCAAAAUCAGACGAGGAUGAGGGCCUGAGCUUCACCUGGGCGCCUGCAACGCUGCCAGCCGGGCAGCCGCUUGUGGAGGAGGGCGGUGAGCAGGGGAGGAGCUACCUCCCGCUCAUGGGCAGCCUGCGGCCCGAGGCAGACGAGCCAAGCUCGGAUCAGCUCGUGUGCGCUGAGGAGGUGGUUCCAGAACCGGUGAAGGAGGCAGCGCCAGAGCAAGUGGCGGCCAAGUCCCCGGAGCCGAGCCCGUGCAGCACGCCGCGCAGUGACUCUGACGCUGAGACUGCAUCGCCCACCAGCGCCGCUUCGACGUCCUCCUGGCACGCCACGCCCACCUGGAACGACAUCACCACCUUCUCGCAGCACACACUGCGCCACCUGUCGCGCCUGUCCAACACCCUGCUGACGGAGGACGCCUGCGCGGGCCUCGCCGGGGGGCACGUUAGUGGGGAGGCAGCGCGGCAGGAGGUAGCGGCGGUGCCGUGCGAGGCGCCGCUGCAGGGCGCAGAGUACGAGCAGGUGGCCGCCCUGAGCAGCGACCUGGCCGCCCGCCUGCCGCGCCUCAACCUGGCAGCCGCCCGCCGUCGGCAGCCUCCAACAGGGGAGGAGACUGCUGGCAGCGUCGGCCACCAGAGUGUGUCCGACCCACAGCCAGCGCACCCUGAACAAGCUUGCAGCAAAGCAGCCAUGCAGAGACCGGAGGCCUCACAGCAGCAGGGCCAGUCCCAAGCAGCGGCAGCUCUAUUUGAGAUUGCAGCUACCCCUUCGGUCACUGUCGAGGCAGGGGAAAGAGACGCAGGUGGGAUGCCCAGCACAGACAGCAGCAAGGCAGAUGAUCCUGCAGGCAAAAGCAGACAGCAGCAGACAAGCAGUGCCGCAGUGGCUUCAACCUCUGCACUCACCGGCAAAUUGAGGGCCACCAGGAACCAGCAGCAACAGGGGGCCGACCCAGAGGACCAGGAUCAGUCCUUCAGCGCAGAGGCACCUUCGCUUGAAAGCAGUCCUGCAGGAGAAGGCCUUCCUUCGCGUCACACAAGUGUGCAGGACCAACCAAAAGCUAGCUCGGAAGGACCUGGUCGGAGUGCAGCUGCACAGCAGAUGCUGAACCUGGUCGACUUACUUGAAGAGGAGCUCUUUGCAGCAGAGGCACGGCGCUAUGAUACCGAGGCACGCCCCACCCCCAGCUUCCUCAGCUCCUUCCAAGUGGCUGCAGAUGCCCUGGUAGUGACAGAGAACGAGCUGCGCGGCAAGCUCACGGCGGCAGAUGAAGAGAUUGCAGAGAAGCGGGGGCUGCUGGCAGACCUGAACACCCGCUAUGAUGCAGUGGCUGCUGAGCUGGCGGGGGCGGAGGCCAACCUGUCCUCGGCCGAUGCCCUCUUGACAGGCGCCAAGGCCCACCUGGCCCUGAAGGAGUCCCUGCUCUUUGAGAAAGAGACCCUGAUUGCUGCGCUCAGGAAGCGCACCAGCGUCAAAAGCAGUGCCGCGCCCAGAUUCUGGCAGUCGUUCGGUCGCUUCAGGCGCGCUGCAGGGCCUGCGCCAGAUCAGGAGCAGGCCCCGCAGAAUGCAUGA